AUGAGUGUGUACCUGCUGGUCCUGUGUCUGGCUGUGCUGCAGCAGGGGGGCAGAGCCAGGCCAGACCCUCCAGGCUGCAAUAGCCCCGAGGCGGUGAGGGUGGCAGAAGAGGCCCUGGAGCAGAUCAACCGGGACCGGACACAUGGAUACAUCCUGAGCCUCAACAGAUUGUAUGACCUCUCACACGCUUCUGAAAAGGAGAAAGGUGGGUUGCUCUAUAAACUGACCAUUGAUGUCAUGGAGACCAAAUGCCACAUCACCAGCAGGAAACCAUGGAAACAAUGUGAAGUCAGGGAUAUCGGUGAUGUUCCAGUGUAUGGAGAGUGUGAGGUAUCUGUCUACGCUGACACUGAAAUCAGACUUCAAAGCUAUUCCUGUGCACUCCGUGAAGUUCCCGCCACCGCAGUGGUGGAUGUGUGUCCGGACUGUCCCACAGCUGAUAACCUGAAUGAGCCCGUCGUCAAGGAGACAGCAAACCUCUCCCUGCAGAGGUUCAAUGAAGAGAGCCGCCUGGCCAACUACUUCACCCUGGAGAACAUUACAAAAGCAAGUUCACAGUGGGUCGCGGGUCCGUCCUACUUUGUGGAGUUCACCAUCGUGGAGACUGUUUGCUCAAAGAAAACAGAUGCCAGUGAACUGCACAACUGCUCACCUAUGGACUGUCAGUUUGCUCAUCGAGGCUUCUGUUUGGGCUCACACGAGGCUCAUGAGGAGCAGUUUGAAAUCAGACUCCCUGUCGGAAAGAAGGACAGCUCAUUUCGGAAGCCCGUGGAGGUGAAGUGUGAGAUCUACGAGCCUCAGGCUGCUGCUGCAGAGGAACAGGCCCAUGCAAAGGCAGACAGUGGGCACACUGGGCAUCAGCACCACAACCACACACACCUGCACCCACAUGAACAUGUGCACUCAACCACACCCAGCUCAGACCACACUGUAUCCAAGCCCAGGGUCUCCUUAGGGACUGUGGUGGAUCAGCCUGCAUCUCCCAGAUCUGCCCCAGCAGCCAGCUCCUGCCCCGGCCCUCGCAGACACAAUCUGGGUUUAGACAGACUCAAGCUCUGA